CUUGGGGGUAUUGUCCUUCUUAGGGGCGCUGAUCCCAUGCUUUUUCAUGUACAGGUACUUUGCCUUCUUGUCCCAUUUCGAAUUCUUCAACACCAUGGCACUCGCUUGAAGAUGUCUUUUUAGUGGAGAAAGGAUGAGUUUGCGGUAGCAAUUGAGAUGCUGACGGUUUUGUGCUGGCACAGGUGGCGGGAGCGUAGCAAAGAUAGCCCACUAAGAUGAAUUCAACGUCUAUUUACCGUUGUGGUGUCUGGUACUGUAAAAUUAUGGUCCGAAAAGGCGCGCGCCACCACCAAAAAUUGAAUCAAUUGUCACCACUUCAACACCACCAUGUCGGAAGAAAAGGAUAAGCCAACGCCAAAGUCCAUUGAGGAGAUCUUGAAGCUCAUCGCCAGGGGCGAGACUCUCACUGAGACCCAACAGAAACAAAUGAACGAUUACAAGUUCUGGAAGACCCAGCCAGUUCCUCGUUUAGACGAAGCUAUCGAUUCCGAAGGACCCAUCAACGGCACCUUGACCCCUGCCGAUAUCCCAGACGAGCCUUUGCCGUUGCUCGAUAGCUUCGAGUGGAGCGAUGUGGACUUGGACUCUGAAGCCGAGGUCGAGGAGCUCUACCAGCUCUUGUACGAGCACUACGUCGAAGACCGUGAUGCCACUUUCAGAUUCAAAUACUCCCACGAAUUUUUCAAGUGGGGCUUGAAGCCUCCUGGCUGGAGAAAGGAAUGGCACGUGGGUGUCCGUAUCAAGGAAACCGGAAAGUUGGUGGCCUUCAUCGGAGCAAUCCCCAUCACCUUGAAAUUAAACAAAUCGGGCAAACUUAUCCCCAGUGUGGAAAUCAAUUUCUUGUGUAUCCACAAGAAAUUAAGAUCCAAGAGACUCACCCCGGUUUUGAUCAAGGAAAUCACCAGAAGAGUGAAUAAGGUCGAUAUCUGGCAAGCAUUGUACACCGCAGGAAUCAUUUUGCCAUCUCCAGUGUCCACCUGUCGUUACACACAUCGUCCCAUCAACUGGUCCAAGCUCCACGAUGUGGGCUUUUCCCACUUGCCCCCUGACAAGACCAAGUCGUCCAUGGCUGCUCACUACGCCUUGCCCAACUCCACUUCUACCAAGGGUUUGAGGCCUAUGGAAAAGAGAGAUGUCCAGCAGACAUUUGACUUAUUCAACAAGUUUCAAGAAAAGUUUGACAUAGUCCAGAUAUUCGAGUUGGAAGAGUUUGAACAUUGGUUGUUGGGUGGUCAAUCUAGUGAUGUUGCAUCCAAGGUUAUCAAGACAUACGUUGUGGAGAACGAAGAUGGCAAGAUCACCGAUUUCUUCUCGUACUACUUGCUUCCAUUCACCGUGUUGGACAAUCCCGACCACAGCGAGUUGGGCAUCGCUUACUUGUACUACUAUGCAUCAGACACUUCUGGAAGCGACCAAUACAAACUGAGAUUGAACAGCUUGAUUAACGAUGCCUUGAUCACUUCUAAACAGUUCAAUGUGGAUGUUUUCAACUGUGUCACUUCCCAGGAUAACACUUACUUUAUCAAGGAUGCCAAGUUUGGGAGCGGUGACGGAUUCCUUAACUACUACUUGUUUAACUACAAGACAUGGCCAGUUCACGGUGGUAUCGACAAGCAAUCCAAGGAAGUUGUCGAUGACCAAACUAGUGGUGUUGGUGUGGUGAUGUUAUAGACACAUGAGGGGUUUAGGUGAAUAGAGUAAAGAUGUUAAUACUGUAGUAAUGAAUAGUUAUAUCGCA